AUGAGUGCCGUCGACGUAUUCAACAGCACCUUCUUACACAUCGGCGACAUCGUGUCGCUGUACGCUGAGGGCAACGAAAAUGUGUCCGGAUUCAUCGGCACCCUCGGGUAAGC